CAAGCGAUCCUCUUGCCUCAGCCUCUCAAAGUGUUGGGAUUACAGGCGUGAGCCAUUGUGCCUGGGCGGGUGUUUUUUCUCAUUGAGCGCUCCCCAUCCAAGUCUGCCCUAGGCAGGAGUGCCUCGUGCACGGGUACAUACAUACCCCGUGCGUCUCCACACCUGUGCGCUCCUACACAUGGCUCGCAAUGCAGGUGUGAGGGUCCCGUUACAGGUGCGCCCGCAGCGCGGCCCCGCCCCCUUCUUGGCUCCGCCCUCUUAUCGAGGCUCAGGUGCACAAGCCGGAAGUGCGCUCUCCUCCCAGGUGAGUGACUAAACUUUCCGGGUCACGUGAGCGGGCGGAGCCGGUGGGAUCGGACCCAAAGACCGACCGACGGACCGAGGGUUCGAGGGAGGGGCACGGACCAGGAACCUGAGCUAGGUCAAAGACGCCCGGGCCAGGUGCCCCGUCGCAGGUGCCCCUGGCCGGAGAUGCGGUAGGAGGGGCGCGCGCGAGAAGCCCCUUCCUCGGCGCUGCCAACCCGCCACCCAGCCCAUGGCGAACCCCGGGCUGGGGCUGCUCCUGGUGCUGGGCCUGCCGUUCCUGCUGGCCCGCUGGGGCCGAGUCUGGGGGCUAACCUCCACAGGAUUGACCUCUUCUGCAUAUGACAGUAGCACUGUUGUGCCUUCACCCACCAGCCCCGGCUCCAGCUCCAAUGGCAACUUGUCUCAGGGGGCCAUCACUGCUAUCAUUGUGGUCUUCUCCAUCCUGGCCAUCUUGCUCCUGGCUGUGGGGCUGGCACUGUUGGUGUGGAAGCUUCGGGAGAAGCGGCAGACGGAGGGCACCUACCGGCCCAGCAGCGAGGAGCAGUUCUCCCAUGCAGCUGAGGCCCGGGCCCCUCAGGACUCCAAGGAGACGGUGCGGGGCUGCCUGCCCAUCUAGGUCCCCUCUCCUGCAUCUGUCUCCCUUCAUUGCUGUAUGACCUUGGGGAAAGGCAGUGCCCUCUCUGGGCAGUCAGAUCCACCCAGUGCUUAAGAAUAGCAGGGAAGAAGGUACUUCAAGACUCUGCCCCUGAGGUCAGGAGAGGAUGGGGCUAUUCACUUUUAUAUAUGUAUAUAAAAUUAGAAGUAAGAUGUAAUAAAAGCUUUAUUGGUGUGUUUGA